UCGUUUACUGUUCCCAGUGCGCGUUCUCGACCGUCCUUACCUGCUCAUGACGACGUCCACUGUGAGUGAAGCCGAGUGAGCGCGCCCUGCACGAGCGUGUGUUCAAGUUUUAAAGACAUGAACAACCAUGGACCCAAAGCAAAGAGUCAUAGCGGUGAAGCCGAGGGGCCGAAUGGGGACUGGAGCUGGGUGCUGGUCGGUGCCCUGUUCAUCAGCACGGGCCUUGUGUUCGGACUGAUGCGAAUCAUGGGCAUUUUCUUUGUGGAGUUUGUAAAUUACUUUGAGGAGAGCUCUCAGUCCAUUUCUUGGAUCACUUCCAUCAGCUUGGCAACACAGCAGUUUUUCAGUCCUGUGGCUACAGCGCUGUGUAAUGCUUAUGAAACACGGGCGGUGGUGAUGACAGGGGGCUUCCUCUCUGGACUCGGACUCAUUGCUGCAUCGCAGGCCACCUGCCUUGUUCACCUGUACCUCAGUAUGGGUGUCAUUACUGGCCUGGGCUGGGCGCUGGUCUUCACUCCGAUGAUGGCCACCGUUGUGGCUAACAUCUCACAGCGUCGUGCUUUGGCGUUGGGACUGGGAUUAUCCAGCAUUGGCAUUUUCUCCUUCACUCUGUCCCCGCUCUUCCAGCUUCUGGUGGAGAUGUACACAUGGCGAGGGGCCCUGCUGAUUAUGGGGGGCCUCAGUCUCAACAUAAUGGUCUGCGGGGCGCUCAUCCGUCCACAGUGGUGCUCCAAGGCUCUAAAAAAGGUGGAUUCAAAGCCCAGGUCUUCGUGUGCUACAGUGCUGAGACGGGUCUCCUCCUACCUGGAGUUGCCAGUGCUCUUAGAGAGGCCUUAUCUCACCUACACAGCCACCAUUACUAUAUUUAAUGCCGGCUACUUUGUGCCAUAUGUCCACCUGGUGGCUCUCAGCCGAAUGACCGGCUUCUCCGAGUACCAAGCUGCUUUUAUCAUGUCAGCCACGGGAGUGACGGACAUUUUAGGUCGUGUGACGACAGGCUGGUUCUCCGACCUGGGAUACUUUCGGACGAUCCAUUUGCUGAGCUUGUGGGUAGUGCUGGCAGGGUUGUUCAUCAUACUGCUGCCUGUGAGCUCCCUGACGGGUUCUUAUGCUGCACUGAUGGCCAUCAGCCUCCUCUAUGGGUUCUGCUCCGGGGCUUUGAGCUCUCUGGUCUUUGCUGUGAUGCCUAUGAUUGUGGGCGUGGAGCGGGUGAUGGGGGCCCUGGGGCUGCUGCAGCUCAUCGAGAGCGGCGCGGGACUGCUGGGAGCACCUUUGUCAGGGUUGCUUAAGGACAUGACGGGAAACUACACUGUCUCUUUCAUUGUAGCAGGAAGUUUCCUCAUUGUUGGAACUCUGAUCAUGACCACUCUUCCGCACUACUUCUCCCGCACAGAUCCUCCACCGCCACACAGAGUUCCCCACGAUGUCAAAGACAGGGGAGUGCAUUUGGAGUUGGAGCACAUCAAUAAUUCGCCGUCUGACACAAGUCCAAAAGGAGCACAAUGAUAAGACUGUCUAAGAUUCAGGUUCAAAGGUUUACUUCACGCCACCUUCAGUUAGUCUACUGUUGCACAAAUGGCCAAGUGGCUACAUUUUUGCACACCUCCUCACAGAUUCAAACCCAAAGAGAAUAUCACUGUGGAAACUGAAGAGUGGAAAGGAGCCAAUGAGUUGCUCACUCUGUUACACAUCCUAACCUCAGUUUAAUGAUCAGGCCAGGACCUCUGAUCUAAUGUGAGAUGUCUUAGUUACAAAGCACUGAUGUAUAGCUGCUGCGCCCGCACAGGCUGUUUUCUUUUUGUAAUUCUAAUUUCGUUUACAUGGACAGCAAUAUUCCUAUAUUAACCGCCUCAGAAAACACAGUGUCUUAUGUUAAAGCCAAGAGGUAAUCGAUUUAGACAUAAAUAAUCUUAAUUAUGAAGUUCAGGGGGACAAAGAGAACAUGACGAAUGCUACAAACUACAGACAAUUAUGAAAAAAACCAAACUCUAAUGAAAGGAAAGCACAGCAGCCAUUUUUACAUGUUUUAGCACAGGUGUUACUGAUGACGUUAACGAUGACUCUGUUCACUUCACACAAGUCAGUGAAGCAGCAUGCACACCCUGAAGACGAGGAAGCGAAAUGGCACUCGGCCGUUAUUAAUUUGAUUAUUUACACCUGUGAUUUUCCUCAAGGUGUGACUGCGACCUGUCAAAAUGGCUGCUGAACAAAGGAGGUGAACUGUGUAGCCUGUUAGGAAGUCACCAUUUUGACAGUUUGAGCCACGUAAGAUUUUAAAGGUUUUACUUUCUCACCAAGUGAAGGCAUUUAUUUGACCAAAUGAUCACUGUUGUUUAACAAAGUUGUUUUGUUUUGUAAAAGGCCUGUUUUUCAUUUAGUUUGGCUUUUUUUUUCCUGUUUAAAUUUAAUUUCACCUAUGCUCAAUCAAUCACACUCAUAAGCACACAGUUCAAGCCAGCAUUGGAUUUUAUGGGCAACAGUUAGUUUUAUAUUUGCCAGGUUUCAUUUCAUUUCCAAGCUGUGGACCAAACAGUCCACACAACCACAUCCUCACUCCUCCACACAACAUUACAAACCAAAUUAAAUGACACAGAACACCAAUACAGAUAGCAAUCACAGUCUUAGUCAUCAAAUUGCUGGUGUCCAUGCGUUUAAAGAGUAAAUAAUGGGUCAAUAAUGAGGGCUUUACACUUCUUCGUGGGUUUAGAGACCGUAAAUGUCUCUGUAAUUGGCUGCACCACUUUGUGCUGCUGACCAUUAACACUGAUUUACUGUGAGCACGAUAGCUCUGUUAGAGCUGCAGACCAACACACCAGCACUGUUUCUCUUCAGCAAUUCUUUGUUUUUCUAUGGGAAAAGAAAAAGACUGUGAUUUCUUAAGUACAUUUUGUGGGGGGGGGACAACAACCCAUGAGGGUGCACGACUACUUUGAACUGUUGCAUAACAUAAACCAAGCCUGCCUUAAUGAACCACAGAUGACUGGCCACCAGAGCAAGACAUGACCAGGUCACUGUGACCUGGUGGUUUUCUAUAAUCCUGAUUUCAGUGUGCAAGAACUGUUUCACCCAACCAUGAAAUACACUUGGCCUUAUGACUGCUACUCAACAGCGGAGCUUUCAUUGAAUAAGGGGGAAAUGCUAAUUGUACUCUGAAACAUUUUCCUACUUAUUCAGAAACAAGUUAAAGUGGGAUAUUUUGUAGUAAAUUGUGAUUAAAAAAUUAUGUAUUGUUUCCAUUUCA